UCAGCGGAAGUGUUUUCUUGCAGCGUGAGCUACUGUAGGUCACAUUGGUCCUGUUUUGUAAUGUUUUGAGAGGUCCCACCACUAUGGAGGCAACAAACAUGGAAGAAAUUCAAUUGAGGCAUGUGGAGACGGAUGUUCUGAUUCCCAAGAUGAUGAGGGAGAGAGCAAAGGAGCGCUGUGUGGAAAGAGUUGAAGCUUUUAACCACUGCUGCAAAGAAUCGGGUUUCUUGAUGGCGUUUAAGUGCCGAGAGCAGAAUUCGGCCCUGAAAGAAUGUCUGACAAUUCACUACCGGGAUCCAGCUUUCUUUGAAGAGUGUAAACAACAAUACAUUCGAGAGAAACUGGAAUUUGAAAGGACCGGGAUCCCGGCCAAGAACAGGAAACAGAAACUUCCAGCGAGCAUGUAAAGAAGAACAUGGGAAGAAAGUGUGUUUUAAGAUGUGCGGACUUGGACUCCAACUCACCCAAGCUACAUGAUGGCAAUAUGCCUAAAUCCAUUAGAGCUACCAGCUGAUGCAUUUUAUUUAAAUGUGUGGAAUCACUUUACAUGAUUUUGAUGCUCAAAUGUUGCUAGGAAAAAUACAUGCUCAACUUUCAGUCUGUGUGAAAACUUUAACAUGUCACAAGUGUUUCUUUUGAAUGAUUUUUCAGUAACUUUAAUGAAUCAGCUUUGUUGUCAUAGCAGGAAUGGUCGAACCACCCUGCAGCGACGCGUAGAAAAUUGCUUUAAGUGUUCAGGUUGUUCUGCUGCGGUUGUUCUGCGGCGGCCAAUCACGAGUCUGCUUUCUGUUUUGGUUGGAAAAUUUUCUGCUGAAGA